AUGGAUCAUUCACUGUCACUGAUAUCUGCCCAGGUCCAGUUCAUGGAAGAUCGACUGGCCCUGGUGCAUAUCCCCUUGGAACUAUAUCCAUUCUUUUUGGAUCCUAUUUUACGGGUGCUUUUCCAUGAGAUUCCCCCAAUUACUGAGGCUCAGGCUGAGUCUCGUGGCUGUGACAGCCCUCUCGAGGCAACCAGUCACCUUCAGCCUGCCUUUUUGAAUUUCUCAAUAACUCCAGUGGAAUGCUCAGUUAUGUGUCCCCGUCAGCUCGCUGAUGAGUACUUUGCUCCCUUGGUCGAACGGUUUGUCCAAGUCAGUUCGUCCACAAAAACUCGUCUGUCGAUAAGCAAGGAUGAUUUCAUUGCCAUGCAGGUGUAUGGUGAAGGGCUUGAGGCUGGUCAGCGGGUUCUUGAAUUAACAACACCACUGGCUAUGGCGGGGAUCUCGAUAUUCUUCAUCUCCACCUACUUCGCCGACUACAUUAUUGUUCCCCUCAAAAGCAAGACACAGGUCAUCGAGGCGCUGGAAAACCGGGGAUUCAAGUUUGAGAUCUCGACAGAAGCCUUUAUUAACAACAAUCAUCACUCCCUCAGCAGUACCUUUAGCCCGGGAUCUUCGCUUUCCGCAAGCGCACUGAGCUCCCCGCCAGCUACACCCCCACCGUCAUCGCUCAAUGAGCUCCAAAAGCGCACCUUUUCUUCUCUGCGCCGAAAUAGCAUUACUCCAUCGGUGGAUACAUCGUUGCGUCUGGUACAAUGUGCAGCUCACCAUCGGUACAGUAGCGACGACAGCUCGAUUUCCAUCCUUCGUGAUGCCCUAACUACAGCCCUCGUCGUGGACAAGCCCCGGUUCCUCUCCCUUACCCUUACAGCUGCCGACCCUGCUGCGUCUCUCCUCCUAGAACAUCGCCUUUUACCCCGUUUUUCGAGCAAUCCAUCCUCUCCCAGUGGAUCAGAUGAAGACGACUCCAGUCUUCUACUCGGUUCAAAAGAGGAUAUCCUUUUCCCUAUCAUGCUUGAUCUACGCAAACUUCCCUUGGAAGCGACCGGUAUUGUCUGCGGCGUAGCAAGUCGACUGGCUGAUGCUACGCACGCACGUGAAGACAACCUCAGUGGAUCAACUGCUUCACUUCUACCUGAUGACUCUGUUUCUGAGCGGUUUAACGCCCACGCCUAUACUUCCACUCGCCCCUCAAAACCCCACAGCCACAGUCCGGGCCGCAAAAGCAAUGGCAGCAACCCGCCUACCCACCGUCUACAGCCAGACUUGGAUACCUCUUUCGACGCCGUGGAGAUCAGCUUCCUCAGCACAGCGCGCGCAGGAACAAUCAUCGUCGGUGAACACGAACUUGACCGCGCCAUGGACGCUCUCGACGCCGAAAGCCACGAACCCGAGAUGGCGAUCGAAGCGUUGGAGAUCUAA